UGCAGCUUCUUAUAUAACCAACCUUCCAUUUCCCCCAUUCUCCCCCGUUCUUCUGUCUUCACAUACCCUCCACCUCCCACCCUCCCCCAUCCCUGCUUGUCGCCCCAUUGUACCGCGACUUCUUUGAGAUAUUCUCUCCUACAAUCACCCGGCCCAUCGAGGUUAAUUCGCGGGUGCGCUCGUGUGUUUGUUUUCGUUGUUCUAGCCUCCAGAGCGCCAAUCCCCAUUCACAAUGCGUUUCAACGCUGCCUUGACUUCCGCCCUGGUCUCCUCGGCCUCCAUCAUGGGCAUGGCCCAUGCUGACGAGACCGAGAAGAAGCCCGAGACCACCUCCAUUGCGGAGAAGCCUACUUUCACCCCUACCACCCUCAAGGCUCCUUUCUUGGAGCAGUUCACCGAUGACUGGGAUAGCCGGUGGACUCCUUCCCACGCCAAGAAGGAGGACUCCAAGUCUGAGGAGGACUGGGCCUAUGUUGGCGAAUGGUCUGUCGAAGAGCCUACUGUGCUGAAGGGAAUCGAGGGAGACAAGGGUCUCGUCGUUAAGAAUGUUGCUGCCCACCACGCCAUCUCCUCCAAGUUCCCCAAGAAGAUCGACAACAAGGACAAGACCCUGGUUGUCCAGUAUGAGGUCAAGCCGCAAAACUCCCUGGUUUGUGGUGGCGCCUACCUGAAGCUUCUCCAGGACAACAAGAAGCUCCAGUCUGAGGAGUUCUCCAACGCCUCUCCUUACGUUAUCAUGUUCGGUCCCGACAAGUGCGGUGCCACCAACAAGGUGCACUUCAUCUUCCGUCACAAGAACCCCAAGACCGGCGAGUACGAGGAGAAGCACCUGAAGGCUCCUCCUGCCGCUCGUACCAACAAGGUCACCUCCUUGUACACUCUGAUUGUCCGCCCCGAUCAGACUUUCUCCAUUCUGAUUGAUGGUGAGGAGGCUAAGAGCGGUAACUUGCUCGAGGACUUCAGUCCUGCUGUCAACCCCGAGAAGGAGAUUGAUGACCCUAAGGACAAGAAGCCCUCCGACUGGGUCGACGAGUCCAAGAUCGCUGACCCUGAGGCCACCAAGCCCGAGGAUUGGGAUGAGGAUGCUCCUUACGAGAUCGUUGAUGAGGAUGCCGAGAAGCCCGAGGAUUGGCUGGAGGAUGAGCCCACCAGCAUUCCUGACCCCGAGGCCGAGAAGCCCGAGGACUGGGACGAUGAGGAGGACGGCGACUGGGUUCCUCCCACUGUUCCCAACCCCAAGUGCCAGGAGGCUGCUGGCUGUGGUCCCUGGACUGCUCCCCUGAUCAAGAACCCCGCCUACAAGGGCAAGUGGACUGCUCCUCUGGUCGACAACCCCGCCUACAAGGGUCCCUGGGCCCCCCGCAAGAUUGCCAACCCCGCCUACUUCGAGGACAAGACUCCUUCCAACUUCGAGCCCAUGGGCGCCAUUGGUUUCGAAAUCUGGACUAUGCAGAACGACAUUCUCUUUGACAACAUCUACAUUGGUCACUCCGAAGAAGAUGCCGAGCAGCUCCGCAAGGAGACUUUUGAUAUCAAGCACCCCAUCGAACUGGCUGAGGAGGAGGCCAACAAGCCCAAGCCGGAGGAGCAGGUUGUCGAGCCCAGCGUCAGCUUCAAGGAGAACCCCGUGGCCCACGUCCGCGAGAAGGUUGAUCGUUUCGUUGGUUUGGCCAAGCAGGACCCCAUCGCUGCUGUGAAGCAGGUUCCUGAUGUUGCUGGUGGUCUCGCCGCCGUGCUUGUUACCAUGGUGCUCCUGAUCGUGGGUGCUGUCGGUGCUAGCAGCCCGGCUGCCGCUCCGGUUAAGAAGGGCAAGGAGGCUGCCAGCGCUGCCAAGGAGAAGGCUGCGGAGGCUGUCAGCUCUGCUACCAACACUGGCAAGGGCGGCGCCACCAAGCGCCAGACUCGCUCCUCUGCCGAGUAAACGGGCCUGCCUUGUUGACUCUGGGGAGAGAUUAGAGAUGACGCGGCCCAAAAGUGAGCAUUCUGUGGGGAGGGACAGCUUCCGACCCAAUAUUUUGUUUUCUCUCGAUUUCCAUAUUAUACCUACCUGUUGCAGCGUUCAAUCCACGAUUUGUUCUUUUAUUCCAAAUAUGUUGGUUGGCACAGCCAGAAGAAAGGCUGUUCCUGCUCCUGUCUGUGAUGCGAUAUGAACGCCACGCUCGAGAGGCCUGCCUCGGAUUGUUUUGAGACCUGUAAAGUAAUUGAUGAGUAACUGAUGGAAGAACAUCAAUCAUAUGGUUUAAGAUCGUCCCUAGCUUAG